AUGUCCGGCCUUCACCUCGCACUUCAGCAAGGCCACAUUCCGGCGGUUCUCAGACAUAUACAAGCACGGCAACGGCCAGCUGUCAGGGCGCGGCCAACGCUCUCGCCCACAAAUACACAUUCGAGAACACUGCAAGAGCGUGAUUCACCAACACUGGCGCAUACAACCACAAGCAGGGCUGGUCGAGCCAUCACUUCGAGUGCGCGGAUUGGGUGGCGUCUUUGGCCGUGCCCAUGGCCGCAACGAUCGCGGGAUCAGCGGUGCUUCGACAUUGGCGACAUUGAUACGGCAUGCAUAAACUUCAAGCAGGUCGACCGCAACAAAUUGAUGAUGAACCUCGCCCGCAAUGGGGUCGAUAUCCUAACCAAAAAGGACGACCAUUCGCUGGCGGGACUUCUCUGGUAA